AUGGAUAGGGCAAAAGAAACAAUUAUGAAGGCCUUUAAGGAGAAAGAAGAUAAAUACAAAGAAGUGUUUGAGAUCAUUGAUAAGAGAUGGGAAUGCCAACUUCAUUGGCCUCUGCAUGCUGCAGGACAUUAUUUAAAUCCAGAAUAUUUUUAUUCAUACACAGAUUCAAAUAUCUGUGGAGAAGUGGUAAAUGGUUUGUUUGAAACUAUGGAGAGAUUGGUUUCAAACGCUGCCGAGCAAGAUAAAAUCACUGCCCAGCUCUCUAUAUAUCGAAAGGCAGAAGGGCUAUUUGGGAGGAAUGUGGCAAUUAAACAUAGAAGAGCAUUAUCUCCAGCAGAAUGGUGGGAAUGCUACGGAGCAAAUAUCCCAGAAUUGCAAAAGUUUGCUAUUAAAGUGCUUAGCCUCACUUGUAUUGCUUCUGGUUGUGAGCGCAAUUGGAGUGUAUUUGAGCAGAUUCACAGCAAAAAAAGGAAUAGGCUAGCUCAGCAACGCUUAAAUGAUUUGGUAUUUGUGAAAUACAAUCGUGCCUUAAAACUUCGAUAUUGA